GCUCAUAACACAAUCUAUCAUAAAAUUAACAUUUAAUUUGUUGGUGGACACACCAUUACCUUGUCCAUUGUAAAAAGAAACACGUCCGUUAUUAAUAAUUUAAAGAUAAAUCUUAUCUUAUUUUAUUCGCAUGCUCUGCUGUAUUGAUUAUGUGGCUACACUGAAAUAUCAUCCAUUUUUAAAGUGUGGAAACGAUAUCUUGCAUACAAACAUGGAACAUCGAUCGAUUUUUGUUUGUCUCCAGUGUUGAAUGUUAUGAUUUUUCCGUUGUGUUACCUGUGUUGAUUUCUUUUGUCUCACCAGAAAAUUGAUUUCGAUAAAAACAAUAAUUAUCGCAUUAUCGAUUGUCAACAUAUUGUAAAUUUUGGAGGCAAACUGCAAGUACGAAUACGUAAUGAAUCGAAAUAAUAAAAUUUCAAUUGACUUAAAGCCAUUCUUACAAACCACAUCACAAACUCCUACUGUAGCAUCUAAUAAUGGCAAAAAAAGAAAAACCAAACGACCUUACACAAAAACACAACCCGAUCGUUCUAAUGUGGAAACUGUUAGUUAUCAAAAAUUAGUUGUGCCAAAGCGUAUGCAUAGUCCUUAUUGGAAAUAUUUUGGUUUUCCUGCAUCAGAAGUUGGUGUUAUACUCACACAAGAUCAUAUCAUAUGCAUGCUUUGUAAAAAACAAUUUGCUUACAAAAGUAAUACUACAAAUUUGAAAGUACAUUUGCAAAGUAGGCAUAAAACUGAAUUGAUGGUAUUGGAAAUGGGUUCAUCAAAAGAUUGUAGUCUUAAAAAAAGACAUGUCAAAAAUGAACUUAUGUUGUUGGCUACAUCAGAAGGCCAAGUAGAUAUUAAUAAGUCUAACAAUAAGGUAAAACAACAGGAUGUGUAUGUACAAGGAGAAAUCAGUGAAAACUUUGAUGGAGAAAAUGUUACCAAUGUUAAUGAACAAACCCCUCCUCCGAUGUCAGUAUUUUAUCAAGAUAUUGAUAAUUCAUCAUGUGAUAUGAUCAGUAAAGUUGUGUCUGAUGCAAUUACUGAAUUUGUGAUUACUGAUCUUCAUUUACCAGAUAUUGUUGAAGGCAAAGGUUUUCAGCGCCUAAUUGCUACAUUGAGAUCACCAUGUGAAAUCCCAGGAAAAUAUAAAUUAGAACAAGAUAUAAUACCUAGAAUUUAUGAAACUACUCGAGCUACUGUUCUUAAUAGUAUUGCAAACAGUUGUAGCACUUUUGCUUUGGGUAUUGAAGAAUGGACAUGUUCCAGCUUAAAUGACUAUAUUACAAUUAGUGUUUUUUUUCAACAGUUGGAUAAAGAAGGCCUGUGUAUUAAACAGCUAGCAACAAUUUUAUGCAAUCCUAACAGAACUCCUAAUGAAUGGUGUGGAAUUUUGGGUUCAUUAUUUGUUAAUUGGAAUAUUAAUAUUAAUCAAGUAAAAACAGUUAUCAAAGCAUUUACAAAUAAUAAUUUAGAUGCAGCAUUACGUACUCAAGGUUUUAUUCUCAUUCCCUGCCUUGUUUAUGAACUACAAAAUUUAUGUACAAAAUUAUGCUUUGAAACUGAAGAAGUAUUAGAUGUUUUAACCAAAUGCAGAACAGUCUCAGCUAAAUUACACCAUCAUAAUGCUUUAACAUCAGUCACUGUUCAAGAUAAUGUUGUUCAAGUUUUUAAUUCAUUUCUCAGUCGAGAGUACCCUCAAAUUUGGACUACAACAUAUCACUAUUUAGAACGUUUUGUUCAACGAAAAGAUACCAUAAAAACAUUAUGCAGUACUUUGGAUAUUGGAUUUUUUCCACAUGAGUUAUUGACUGAUAAAGAUUGGUCAGUGAUUGAAGAUGUAGUUACAACUCUUGAACCUUUGAAAGUUACUGUUACUACUCUUAGUGAAGAAAAAAUACCAUUAAUAUCAUUAUUAAAACCUUUAAUCAACCAAUUAACAAGUCAUCAUUUAAAAUCAAAACCCAGUGAUUCAUGUCUUGCUUCUAAUUUAAAAAAUGCUUUUGCCAACCAACUUAAUUGGAAAUAUAAUAAUAUCGAUGUACAAACAUUUUUACAUAUAUCUACAUUAUUAGAUCCAAGAUUUAAAGAUUUUCCAAUGAUUGAAGGUGAAGAGCAUCUUCCGACAAUAAAACAAGAACUUGUAAAAAUGGUUGAGAGUGAAGGAUCUGUAACGUAUGAUGCUAAACCAAAUACUUCUGAGAUUGAUACAAACAUGCCCAAAAAAACUAGAGUAUCAGGUAUUGGUUUUCUACUUGGAAGUGUUGCUAAUGUUAGGAGUUCUCCUAUUGUUAAUAAAGAAAAUAUGUCACUUGAAGAUAGACUUAAUUUAGAAAUUGCUCAAUAUGAAUCUGAACAAACUCCUUGUCUAGAAGAAUGUCCGCUUUUGUGGUGGUCACGGAUGUCAUCAAAAUGUCAAAAUUUAAUAAGGCUUGCAAGAAAGCAUUUUGUUUAUGCCCUCAGUGGGUCAUCUAGUAAAUUACCACUUGAAUUACAAACACUGUAUUAUAUCAAAAGAUCGCAAAUAAAUCAAGAGUUAAUGGAUAAAAUGUUGUUCAUCAAUGCAAAUAUAGCAGAAAAUAAUUGAUAGUAAAAAAAAAAUAUGAUUUUUAUUAAUUAUGUGUAAUGUAUUAAUCUUGAUU